AUGAAGAGACCCACCCAUCUCCGUUUAUUACCGACCCAUAUCACCCAUCUUUGUGGGUGCUCCAAAAACUCAAUACAUUUACCGCCUAUCGGCAACACCUCAUUGAUGUUUCAACUUCAAGUCUCACUUUUUCAUCUUCCUUUUACCUCACUUCAUCUGUUAUUAGCUGGAUUGCUGCUUCUUCAAACCAAUAAUAAUAACGUUGAAGCGCAGCAGGAUCGAGCUGAAGUUAAUAUUCGUGUUUCUGGUGCAUGUGGCACAGCUUAUCUAUCAAGACGAGGCAUUGAUCCGGCAAAAUAUCGGCCGAAAAUUCGAUUUAGUCCCGAUCAAAUUUUAUUAACACCCAAAAAUCCUACCAUACCAGGAUGCAUCAAAAUUAAAGCACUUGGUGUUGAAGUUAUACGACCAGUAAGAAAUCUAGUCGCUGAAAUUGAAAUGCGAAUCGGUGGUAUACCGGAUCCAACUUAUCCGACAUUACCAUGUUCGGAAAAAGUUAACAGCAAAAUUAAUCAAUGUCCCUGUGGAAGAUUGGAAAAUACUUGUGUUUUUUGCGAUUUCUGUAAACAAAUGCGGAAUCAAACAACACGUCAUGGCAGUUCACAUGCACAAACGAUACAAAAACUUAUUGAUAAUGAUUGUCUAUGUGAGGUGAUGCAACCGGGUUUCUAUGAUAUUGAAACAGAAAUGUGUACACCAGAACUGGAUGAUGUCAAGGAAUACAUACCACCAGAAAUUGAAAAAAAUAUAGUUGAAAAACGACCGAUUUCCAUGUUUAUCACUGUUUAUUUGAUGGAUUACGAACAGAAUGGCAAAGAAUCGUACAUUUCGGAAUUUGGAAAAGCUUUAUUACGGCGGCGUAUGACGCAAAAUACGAUAGCAUGUUUUUUAAUGGGAAUUGACGUGAAAAUUGCUUAA